ACUUAGGAGUGCGAACUCGUUAGAAAAACAAAUGUAGUGAAUUUCUGCAAAAAUGUGGACACUGCACCAGCCUUGCUUUCUUGCGAAUAGUCAUCUUUGUCGAUAGCAUCACACCAAAAUACAUUAUGUGACUUGAGAUGACUGUGAAACGAAAAGACUUUCAAAAGGCAGCAGCCUUCAUUCAUGAAUUCCUGUUGAAGUUGAACGAAGAAGCAGAAUGUGCGGAACUAAGAGAUACUUUGAAUCUUGUUUUGCUUCACAUGCAGAAGUAUUACAGGACUUUGCAAAUUCGGACACAUGAGAAAAGCUACGAAAAGACUCUUUCACUGACCACAAGAGGUCUUAGUCCUCUGACACCUUUCGUUGAUGCGCCAGAUAAGUUUCAGUGGCGAUGGAUCAACUUGGACAGUACACGCAUGACAUCAUCCAUGACUGUCGACGACAGCAUCAAUUUCGUGACACUCCCUGCAAUGAUACAGGCCACAAAACAGGGUGACAUUAAGUAUAUGUUACAGCUAAUACAAGCAGAUCCACAGUCCGUUGAUUGCAGAGACGGGAUUGGACGAACACCGUUGAUGUAUGCGGUGCACUUCAGUCAGCUAGAUGCUCUUAAAAUCCUUCUUCAGAAUGAAGCUGAUCCCAAUGCAUCAUCUCAUGAUGGCUCGACGGCUUUGCACCAGGCUUGUCAUGACUCCAGCUACAUGGCCCUUCACAUCCUCCUGGAGUUUGGGGGAGACCUCUCUAUCCCAGAUACCCAGGGGAGGGCAGCUAUCCACUGGGCGGUCACCACACCCUCCCUCGACUGUCUCAAGUUGUUGUUGAAGUACCAUGCUGAUGUAAAGGUUAAAGACAAAGAUGGGCUAACCCCAAGCAUGUGGGCAUGUCGCCUUGACCACAUCAAACACUUCGAGCUGCUGAGCGCGGCGGAUGAUACCGAGCCGACCGAAGGCGAGGAGAUUGAGCGGGAUGGUAAUGGUCGCACCUGGAUGCACUGGGCAAUCCGACGGACAGAGCCACUAGAGUGUCUUCAGACAUUGCUGACGGCAGAGACAGCCAAGAUGAAGGAUGAUGACGGCAAAACCGUACUCUUGCUGGCUGCUGAACAAGGCUCUCUGGCCGCCUGUCGCAUCAUCCUGGAGAUUGCAGACUUGGAGCGUAUCUAUGAUCGUGAUGACCAAGAGAGGACGCCCCUACACCUGGCGACCAUUGGUGGCCACGGCGACGUUCUUAACUUGCUCCUUGAACAUGGAGCUGAGCUAGGCGUUGUGGAUAAGUACAACGCGACAGCAUGGGAUUACGCGAAAAACCGUCAGUUACACUACUGUCAGCUGAUCCUGCUCUCCCAUCAGCGGCAAAGGCUGGAGAGUAACCCCACCACGCCCAAUGGGUACCAUCUCCUUGACAACCAGCAGUUCAUGAACGAAGAUGACAACGACAACUACAUGAAUGCAUACAAAAACAAGGCAGAGUUCAAGCCAAUCACCCCUCCACACCCACCUAAACGGCCACGUACUGCUGCACGGACACCCCUGUCACGGAGAGCCAGCAGCCUUAAUAUGCCAAUGACCCCUGACCCAGACAGAGGUGGAGAACGAGAUGUGGCCAGUGCUGGUAAUGAGAGGAAGAAAGGACGAAUAGAGGUAACUGUCCAGCCAAGAAGGCACAUUGGCCGACAGUUUGUAGCCAGUGGAAGACAAGAGACGUCCAUGUCAGUGGAUGAGGAUAUGCAUCAAGGUAUGUAUGGUGGCGAGGAGGAGGUAGAAGAGGUGAUGGGUGGGGGAAUGGAUGUGUCCGAUAUCGACGAUGACAACGACAAUGACAACGACCCUCCCCGGCCGAUGCUUCAGCGUCGCCGAGCAGGUGCUGUCAACCGGUCUGUACCCCAGCCCCAGCCCCCAUUUGUGCCCACACCUCCAGGGCUAAGGAACAGCCUGUCAGGGUCAACAUCCUACACAGGGCCCUUGCAGCCACAGUAUAACUUAGGAGCCGCUCAGGAUUUUAGUCAGCAGAAUGGGGGAGGAGAAAUCAUGCAUGAGUCUCCGCCCCACCCUCUCAUCCCUACCCCACCACAACGGCCUGGACUGACUCCCCUUUCCCGACCCCCGCUGGGAAGAUUUGGUGCCUCUCACAGCAGCCCAUCCCUCAUGACAGCCCCAGCGCCCCCAGGGGUUGCCCCUCACCCACCUGCCCCUGGAAUAAGGACGGACUCGCCCACGCGGCCAGGGUCUGGAUCCAGCCUCACAGAGAAGGAUCGCCCUGGGUCUGGAGGUCGCCCUGGGUCUGGCGGACAGUCCCCGUCCGAGCCUCAUAGCCGGCUGUCCCCACCUCCACCCAAACCGCAACAACCACCAGGCAUCCUGGAGGGGAAAAAGAUCCCACCCCCAAUGUUGACCCCUCUCCGUAAUGCCCCUAAACCUCCGCCCCUCGAUGGCAGAACAGCGCGCAAGAAGAAGAAGAAGAAGCGCCGAGAGGUUGUGAGCUCUGGGGCAUCUCUGGAAGGAUUACCACCACCCCCUCCCCCCUCAGGCUACGGUCUGCAGUUUAACCCUCCACCUACUGUCCCUGCUGCAAGGGCAAGGAACCCGUCAGCUCCCCCACCCCCACCUCAGCCCUCCAAGCUGACACCCCAGAGGCAUGAGCAGAGUUACUCUGAUGACCCCAGCCAACAUGAUGAGGAGGCUCCACCUAUGGUCAGUGGCCACGCCUACCCUAUACGUAAUGUCCCGCCUCGUGAGAGGUCAGCCCGCCCGCGUGAUCUCCGACCUCAGCCACCUAGGGAAACUGAAGAAAGCAUGGAGGUACCGGAGCAUUCAGAGCCCUAUAAUAACAACAAUAUGAUACUAGAGGAAGAUGAGGAAGGGGUGGGACCUCUUAUCCCACCUCCCCAGGCAUUCCGAGGCCAAUCAGGCCACACCCACCCACUCUCACAGUCAGUCCCUCAGGAAGGGAGAUCAUCUCGCCAGUCAUUACCCAACGGAAAGCCUCCUUUGCCACGAGGACGCAGCGCAGCCAGCUCAGCCAGCCAUGGGUCGUAUCGCAGACCUAGGCCACGCCCACCAACCAGCAAAUCGGGCAACUUCUGAACGUCAAUUGUAAGUUUUUGAUUGAGGGAUGACCUUGAGGGAUGGAGGAGCAACACUUCCAGAGGCACGCAUGCUAUUGUAUUGGUUGACGAGAUCAGGCACAUGUACAUGAAUGAGGUUUCAGUGUAGAGCAAAAGUGUACAAUAGGGGUUGGUGGCUGAGAAGUGUAUGAGCUAAUACAGGUACCAGCAUCAAUUCUGUUCGCACAUGUGUAAUGGACCGAUUGAGAGCAAAUUGACAGCUAUAACCAUGUUAACAAGAUACAGCUGUAACCAUGUUAACAAGAUACAGCUGUAACCAUGUUAACAAGAUACUUUUUGUUAGUCUUGCCUCAGAACUAUUAUUUCGGCACCAGUAUUCGCCUCACUGCCAUUCACUGGAAUGAGUGCAAGGACUGUUGUGAUAGCUUUGUUGUACUAGCAGUGUUGGGCACGACAAAUCCCACUUCCUUGAUAGGCUAAUUUUAAUUCUUCAACAUUUUCACAUGAUGGCACGGUGUUUAUUCCAGCAUGUUUAGAAGGCAUUAUUCUGUGUAGACUGAUAAAAUUACACUUUUUGUGUAGCCCUGAAAGUGUCCUACCCAAACGAAUGUAGUUUUGUUUCCAAAGUCAAAUUAUAAACAUGUAUAAAAUGCACUGAAAGUUACUGUUUCCUAGGUGAAAAGGUUGAGGAAUUAGGGUAACAGUAAUCAAUAGGCCUGGUCAUUGAUUAGUCAAUUUGAUCAUCUUCAGAUAUCACUUACUACUUUUAAACCUGCCAUCAUGUUAACAUGAGGUGCAGUUGAACCUUAAUACAUUUCUGAGCCACUAAGUCCUAACCCCUAUUUCGCAAAACACGCUGAAGUUUAAGCAAGAGAAAAAAAAUUAGCUUCUUCCAAAUAUGGUCUGGCAACCCAGUCUCUGAAGUCCGUGCAUAGAAGAGACUAAUCUUUUAUAUCUUUCUCAAACAAGAUUAGUUUGUGAAAUUGGGUGCUGUACAUCAUUACUCAAAGGAAUGUUUAGAACAAAAAUGUUG